CGAGCUGGUAUUCGAUUUGUUUUGCUUAUUUCGCUUGAAUAAACAGUAUUACGAGUUUGCGAAAAUUGCAUUAUCUUUGUCAGUUCCAAAUCAGUGAAAAUAAUCUAUUGCAUAGCCGGGGUCCAGGGUGGCAAGAUGUUGAAAUUUAGUGCGGUAUUGUCGCGCGGAAUUCACAGCGCCACUGGCAAGGGUGCAAAACCUUGCUCCGAAAUGAUUGAUCGCAUCAUUAGGGUGGAUCAUGCAGGCGAACUCGGGGCCAAUCAAAUCUACAAAGGCCAGUUGGCUGUCUUGGGACACACCAAGGCGGGCGACACAAUUCGGCACAUGUGGGAGCAGGAAAAGGUCCACAAGGCUGAGUUCGACCGGCUGAUGAGCAAAUAUCGUGCCCGUCCGACCGCUCUGUUGCCCUUCUGGAACAUAGCUGGGUUCGCACUUGGUGCGGGAACGGCUCUGCUAGGUGAGAAAGCUGCCAUGGCCUGCACGGUAGCGGUCGAGUCCGUGAUUGUGGACCACUACAACGAUCAACUGCGCAAGCUGAUGGAAGACCCGAGCUUCAAGGAUCACGAACUGCUGGAUAUUAUUGCACGCUUCCGGGACGAAGAGCAGGAGCAUCACGAUAUCGGGCUGGAUGAAGGGGCGGAACAAGCGCCUUUCUACAAGGCACUAACCGACGUAAUUAAAUUUGGCUGUCGGACGGCGAUUAAAAUAGCGGAACGCGUAUAAUAUUGUUUUGGUUAAUACGGAGAGACUAUAAAUUUUAGUUUAUUACAACAAAA